CCUGAGGCACGAGAUGGCGCUGAGCUGCCGGGAGGCGGAGCGGCGGCGGCGGCGGCUUCCCGCGGAUUUUGCCUCUCAAAUAAUUCCCGCCUUUUGGGGUGUGGGGUCCCGCCGCGGAGGGAAGGAAGGGCGACAUGGGAUUACUUUGAGGCUGAAACGGCAAGGAGGAGAAUUGCAAAAAUUGCCUUGAAUUAACUGGAGGAAAAGCAGGAUAUAGGUGCAACACGCAACCCUGCGAGGGGUAUUAGGAUGACAGUGACUCUCUCCGUGCCACCUCAUGAACCUUGCAGCAGAACAGAAUUUGGAUCCCACGUCUUCCAGUCCUACCACAUUGUCGAAGAAAAGGGGGCUGAGUGCUGAAGAGAAGAGAACUCGGAUGAUGGAAAUAUUUUUCGAAACCAAAGAUGUAUUCCAGUUAAAAGACAUUGAGAAAAUUGCUCCCAAAGAGAAGGGAAUCACUGCUGUGUCAGUGAAGGAGGUCUUACAGAGCUUAGUUGAUGAUGGUAUGGUAGAUACUGAUCGGAUUGGGACUUCUAAUUAUUUUUGGGCUUUUCCAAGUAAAGCUCUUCAUGCAAGAAAACGUAAACUGGAGGAGCUCCAGAAUCAGUUCUCAGAAUAUUGCCAGAGGAAAAAAAGCUUAGAGGAGAGCAUUGAGAAAUCAAAAUUUGGACGCCAGGACACUGCAGAACGUGCUGCAUUAACAAAAGAACUUGCCGCUCUUCAACAGAAGAAAGCCCACCUGAAGGCAGAAUUAGAUAAAUACACAGAAUGUGAUCCAGAUGUUGUUGAAGAAGUCCGUCAAGCAAAUAAAGUAGCAAAGGAGGCAGCUAACAGAUGGACUGAUAAUAUUUUUGCAAUAAAAUCAUGGGCCAAGCGGAAGUUUGGAUUUGAAGACAACAAAAUUGACAAAACAUUUGGUCUUGGAGGGUCCCUGAUGAAGAAAAUUGCUCCCCAAUCCCCCAUAGUUGGCCAUGCCCUGCAGUACAUCAUGUCUUCACCACCUAGAGAUAUUUCUUUUGAUGGCAACAAGAAUAAGGGGAAAUGGAGAGCAAACUAAAGUGAAGAAUGGGAGGCUGCUGCAACAAGGCUCUUUUCCUCUUCUAUAUACAUACACAUCUAGAAAGUCAAGACAUUUGUGUUUCCCAACCUGCUCUGUCUGCAAAAAGUAUUUUUCUUUUCUUUUUUUCUUCUGUCUGUCCUUGGGCUUGAAUACACAAAGUCUGAAAUAAGUUCUUUAUGAGAUACACAAGUAGGACACUUCACUGUGCAAAGCCUGUUAAUAGUAAUCUGUAUUUUGAGAAUAUCUUUUUUUUUUCAUGUACUAAUCUUUUCAAGCUUUGACUUGUAAUGUUUUGGAUGAUUUCAGGAAAUUGGCACUUGAUCCUGAAAACGCUUGCCAGGCUUCCUUUCUGCCAGGGGCUUGCCGGGUGCCCUUGGCCCAGUUGUUGUUUAACUCCACGGCUGCAAAAUGGUAACGAUAAUGACUUAACGUGUCAAGUUAGGCAUGGGAAGAGUCACGUUUUGGACUACAAUUCCCCAAAUAUCCUGUCUACUCAUGCUGGCUGAGGUAUUCUGAAAGUUACCAUA